AUGAUGAAACUGCAAGUGGCCAAAUAUGAUGAACUGCAAAAAUAUCGUCAGAUUGAAAUGCCAUUUUUGGUUGAUUUUGUCACGAAAGUUUUCAUUGAAAUCGCUCAUUUCGAUAGUAAUGUUAAGGUUUCUUUAUUCAGAGAAUUUGUACCAUGUUUUUGGCUGGCCGAAAUAGGUUAUUUGUCACUGAAUACGUUUGCUGCAGACAUGUCCUCGUCAUCAAAAGUUUUGGUUUCAAUGUGGCAAUAUUUAGACGAACAUUCAAUGUCGACAUUUUUCGAUUCACAGGAUGAUAACGCGACAAGGUGA